CCUGCACGUGAAGAUGGCAACCUAAACGCCACCGUUCCAAAUGUAUAGACUUCCAACUUAAGUAAAUGUGAUAAUAAGAUCUGGAAUUAAACACCAUGGCCAUGGAGGUCUCUGAAUUCCUUCACACUCCCUUUUACUGCGAGGAGAAUGUUUACUUGCUUUGCAAGAAAUUGUGCGCCAAUGGAACGGCCGAUGCCGACGGAUCUGAUCUUUUUGUAGUCUUCAUCUCUAAUGAGAAGAAACAGAUUCCCCUGUGGCAUCAAAAGGCUAGUAAGAGAGCGGAUGGAAUUACUCUCUGGGAUUACCAUGUCGUUUGCAUUCAGAGGAAAAAGGAUGGUGAUUCUCCUUGUUUAGUGUGGGACUUGGAUUCUAGUCUUCCAUUUCCUUCUCCUUUGACUCCCUAUGUGUCAGAGACUAUCCGUCCUUCAUUUCAGCUCUUCUCUGAGUUUCAGAGGUAUUUCCGGAUUGUGCAUGCUCCCAUAUUCAUUCGUUACUUUGCAUCUGAUCGAAGACAUAUGAAGGACUCUGCUGGGAACUGGGUUGCUGAACCUCCUACAUAUGAACCCAUAGUUGCUGAAGACAACAAUGUGCACAACUUAAAUGAGUACAUCGAAAUGCGUGCUGCUGAUGUGGCAACAAAUGUUGGAGCUGAUCUGAUUAAUGCUGUUUCUACUGAAAAACUUGGUGCGGUGAUUGAUGAAAAUCAACUGGAGGAAUUUUUUUCCCAAAUUUCUUGAGGAAUUCUGUUUUUGACGCUUGCAAAUAACAUUUGUGAGUGAUGCAUAUUUUGGAUGUAUGAACCAGCAGUCUGUUUCUUAUAAAAAGUUCAUCCAGAGCUAGGAAUAUAGAGAAAAAUGUGCUCGGUAGAUAUUAUUGUUGUUUUUCUUAGUUAGGCUUCAUCGCUGUAACUAAAGGAAAUAAGUCAGGUGUUUUCUAUCAGAAAGCAUGGUCUCAGUAGACAGGUUCUGUAAAAUGCUAAUUUGGCAGUAUUUAUUACUGUGUUUAUCUGGUGUUGUUUGAUACGGCUUCCUCAGACACUUUGCAAAGCAUGUGUUCUUGAUUUUGACUAUUUGCUUUGGCUCUUU